AUGGUCAAAAAGCAACUGUCGGAACAGCACCAUGGAGUGCAGGAAUACUUCAAGUGUGCUCGUAGUUUUUGGCAUUAUGAUAUAUCAUCUAAUAUAAUAUCAAACAUCGACGGUCUGUACAAAAUUGCCGUUGGGAAAUACGAUAGAAACAUUUCAAUUAUUGACAAUAACUUCACUCAAAUAAUGGAUGUGGACAUUAUUUACCUGAAAGAAACUUUUAGUGGAUCUAGCCAAGGGAUAUUUGCUAAUGAUAUAGCUAUUUUUGAGUUGAAAAACCUAAUUUCUUUUAGUUAUUAUGUUGCACCUGUGUCGGCGCGUUGUUUUUGGUAUUAUCGUGGCAUGUCAUCUAAUAUAAUAUCAAACAUCGGUGGUCUGUACAAAAUUGCCGUGGGCAAGUAUAAAAGAAAGUUUUCAAUUAUUGAUAAUAACUUUACACAAAUAAUGGAUAUUGUUGGUUGGAGAUAUAAGAAUAACGAAAGCUUCAGUCCUAUUUUAAGAGAAUUAUCUUUACCAUACGUCGACCGUAGUACUUGCCAGAAUAUAUUGUACACAAACGGAUUUGAUAAAUAUGUGACUGUUGAUAAGUUUUGUGCCGGUUCUGCAUUGGCAUCCAGCAUUUUGUGUGAUAUAACAUUCGGAAGACCACACGCAGAAUCAUCUUCAUUCGUAAACACCGAAGAGAAGUUUAAUUGUUCAAAUGGAUUGUCGAUCAAAACGUCCAAUGUUUGUGAUGGUCGUAAGGAUUGUUCAGAUGGUUCAGACGAGUCCAUAGGAUUGUGUGCUCGAAACGAGUAUCGAAAUAAUUUUUCCACGGAUUGCGGUAAAGUAUAUAUAAACCAAGAAACGAUCGACAAUGGCCAAGAAGCAAUUUUAGGAACGGCCCCGUGGCAUGCAGGAGUAUAUAGAAUCGUUAAAUACAUUUCCAAUUAUGAAUUAUUAUGUGGGGGAUCAAUCAUAUCUUCAAAUUUAGUCGUUACGGCGGCGCGUUGUUUUUGGUAUUAUCGUGGCAUGUCAUCUAAUAUAAUAUCAAACAUCGGUGGUCUGUACAAAAUUGCCGUGGGCAAGUAUAAAAGAAAGUUUUCAAUUAUUGAUAAUAACUUUACACAAAUAAUGGAUGUGGAAAAUAUUUACCUGGAAAACGGUGGAUAUUUUGAGUUUCUAGGUAAUAAUAUAGCUAUUGUUGUGUUGAAAAACCGAAUUUCUUUAAGUAAUUUUGUUGUACCGGUAUGUAUUGACUGGAAUUUAAAAUACAACGACGUCAACGGGGAUUAUGGAAAGAUUUUUGGUUGGAGAUAUCCGAAUAACGGCAGUAUAAGUCCUAUUUUAUUAGAAUCAUCUUUACCAUACAUCGACCUUAGUACUUGCGAUAAAAUGAACCCAAGCGUACCUAGUUCUGCUUUGACUUAUGAUAAGUUUUGUGCCGCUUCUGAAUUGGGACCAGAUGUAAGUGUGAAGUAUGAUGGCGAUGGCUUAAGCUUUUUCCACAAUAAUUCUUACUAUUUAACCGGAGUAACAUGUGUCAAGGAUCCACUAAAUUCACUAACAGUUUUUACAGAAGUGAAACACCACGUACACUGGAUCCGUGGACUAAAUACAGAAAGCAAGUUUAAUUGUCCAAAUGGAGUGUCGAUCGAAACGUCGAAGGUUUGUGAUGGUCGUAAGGAUUGUUCAGAUGGUUCAGACGAGAUCAAAGUGUUGUGUAUUGGAAAAGAUUUUAGAACAAAUAUGAAAACGGAUUGUGGAAAAGUAUAUGUAGACCAAAGAAGGAUCCACAAUGGUCAAAUAGCAUCUCAUGGAACGGCCCCUUGGAAUGCUGGAAUAUAUAGAUUCUCUGAAAUCGAUUCCAAAUAUGAGAUAAAUUGUGGGGAUCAAUAAUUUCUUCAAAUUUAGUCAUUUCGGCGGCUCGUUGUUUUUGGGAAAAUAGUAAGUCAUCUAAUAGAAUAAUAAAAGACGACGGUAAGUACAAAAUUGGAGUUGGAAAAUAUGAUAGAAACAUUACAAUUGUUGACAAUUUAUAUUCUCAAAUAAUGAUUGUGGACAGUAUUUACCUGAAAGAAACUUUUUAUGGAGUCAGUGGGUUUUAUACUGAAGAUGUAGCUAUUGUUGUUCUAAAAAAACGAAUUUCUUUUAGUUAUUAUGUUUUACCAAUUUGUACCGAUUGGAAUGGAAAAUACAAUCAAGUCAAUGGAGAUCGAGGGAAGAUUGUUGGUUGGGGAUGUCCGAUAUCUAAGGUCAUUUUUGGAAAACCCGUUUAUACCCACAAGUAUACCUAUUAAUUUAUUUUGAUAAUAAUAAAAAUAUUAGAUAUACGUAUAGUCGUAAUUGUUUUAUAAGCACUUAAUGUUCAAUUUUGUCUAAUGUCGUUAAAAGUUAAUUAUUAUAUAUUAUU